UGUUAUAAACAUUCAAGAUGGGGGCGGUCGGCGCUGUUUCCUGCUGUGUGGUUUCGUCCAACCGCCACCAACGAAGAAGAAGCUCCCGGUCGGGGAGGAAGAACCGGUAAAGCUCCGUGAAUCAGAGCGGCUCUGACAUAUGGCAGAGCCGGUUCGGUGGCAAGUUUCAGCUGAAAUAUUUCCCCCGCAGUAGCCGCCGUCCUCCUGUGGCUCUCAUGGCGGAGGUAGCAGAGAACCGCGGCCCUCCGGCGGCUGGAGGCGACCGGACACGGAGCGACCCUGACACGAACCCGGCGGGCGGCUGGACAGGUGACCCGGUGGUGGCGGUCCCUCGGGGGCUGCGGUCCCCGAACCAGGACCGGGGGAAGAAGUUGGUCCUUCAUGUGGACCUGAACAACACCAUCCUGGUGUCGGACGCGGUGACGGCUCAGGGGACGGUGGCGGCUCUGGACUGCUUCCUGACCACCGUCACCUGGGGGCGGAUGGACAAACACGGAGCCUGGGAGUGGCUGAGUGACUUUCCCUCCCUGCUGCCGCCCUGCAGCGAUGCCGUUAGCUUCUACUCCCAGUUCGGACGGUUGCCUGGUUUCACCUCCGCCGCUGGGCGACGCUUCCGUUCGGUUCUGGACGAACAUCUGGACCUGCUCCGCUGGCCUGAAGGCACCAAGGGCGACAGAGAUCUGUCUGUGAAAGGGGAAGAUGGACGUUUGUACCACUGGAUCUUGCCGUCCUUCUUCCAGCUGCUCAGGGACCUGGUCCAGGAAGGACGGGAGUUCGCUGUCGUGUUCCGUACGUUCGGAACCGAUCUGCCUCGAGUGCUGAGAGCCAUGAACCGAGCGCUGAACGAAGGAAGUCACCCGCUGUUCCCCGACCUGCCCGACCUCAAGCUAAGUGUGGAUUUGACUCCAGGAAAGAUCCGCUGCAACAGGAAGGGAAUCGUCCUGAGCCGAGCCGAGGACCGAGUGUCGAGUCGGGACGGAGAGAGAAGCCUGUACCAGUACUUCAGCUCUUUCCAGGGCCUGGGGGGCUUCCAGGACCACUUCGACUGGUGGGUCACUAACACCUUCUCCAUCCGUGGGGGGAAGCCGCUGUGGGUCGACCCGUUUGACCAGAACGUUCAGCACAUCUUCAUAGACGACAACAUCCGGCAGAACGACGAGGACACCAUCGUUAAUCCAAAGGUGUUCUUGGAGGCGGGUGGCACUGAGACCCGUCCUGCCUGCACCUCUGAGCUGUACGACCUCACGCUGGUCCAGACCGACCUGCUCCAGGCCAUUUCUGACCCCAGCUACUUCACCCAGCGCAUCCACAUCUGUCUGAAAAACUAUGAGAGGAACCUCCAGCAGGGGGAGGGCUAGAAAACUCCUCCUACUUCCUGUUUGUCUCCAUGGUAACCUCCAGGUGUGCAGAAACUGUAGGUAGGACUGAGAUAAAAACACAAACGUAGGACAGUUACAUGAAUGUAUGAGAGGAUUAUAGUUUUAUGAAGAUCAGAUAUUCUUAGAAAGUGGAACUGAGAGGUGAGAUGGAUUGGAAUUCAUGUGAAACGCUUUAAAAACCACUUGAUCUUUUCCAGAACGGGGAUAAAAGGAUGUCAGCUUCCACAAAAAGCUCUUCACACAGCCCUCAAGUGAACCGACACUUUUGAAUUAAACUGAUCUAAAGUCAGUGUGACUAAUCAGUCGGCGGGUUCAUUGCUGUAACUCUCUCAGAUUUGUGCCAUAAUUGGGGUCAGAUAUGAAGAAAAAUGAGCAGAAUCCACCGGCUUCACUUCCUUCUUUGUUGUUUACAUCCAUGCAGAAACCCAAAACCUGAUACUUGAAUACUUCCAGACUGAUCACUGAGCAAACUGAGCUUUAAUGUGACUUCCUCGCCAGAAAAUGACACAAAAAUGAGGUUUUAAAACGAUGCAAUUCUCCGGUAACAAUAAUCCACCGCAGCAGUUUGAUUACACAAACAAAAAGCUUCUCGAGGCGCCGAGUCGCGUCAUUAGGAGUUAUUUUCUGCAGGUUUAAUUAUCAGAAAGCUCCUGUGUGGAAUAUUUAACAGGUGGUGUGGAAGUUGUAGCAUUUUGAGGGUUUUUAAGAAUAUAUCUAUCGUUAAGCUUCCAGGGAGGGUUUUUUUUUUUUUAAUUGCUUUAUUUUUCUCAGGUCAGUUUUAAAGAGAAGCUAACAGUAGCAGUAAUAUAAAUGCAGGCUGGGGGAUGAAAUCAGCAUUUUUCAGGAUGUAAUAAGUGGAUUUCUUUUCAAUUAUGAACAUGCAAAUGAAGAUACUGGUAAACUGGAAUAAAACUGAAUGGUUUGGGUUCGUUUUCAUGACAAAAUUUCACCGUUUAACACAAUUUAUACUGAUCGUUUAAAAUAACAUAAAUUACAUUAUCAUGCUGUCAAACAGUCUUCAGAGGUCAUUUUUGAAAUAAAUAUACAAGUAAAGAAGCUACUAUUUGAACUGAUGCAGCUUUUUGAAUGUUCUCUUUAACUAUAAACCAGUUUUCAUCCAAAAAUAGUGCAAGUUUUAGACAAAUUUUGAGCAAAUCUGCAAAAUAAUAUGAGAAUUAAUGCUUGUUUUAAUUAGCAGUGAUGCUAAUUCUACAUUUUUAUGCAUCUGUCAAAGAAAAGUGAAGAUAUUUCCUCCAAACAAGACAUUUCUUGUUAGUUUCAUGUUUGAGGAAGGGCACAGAUUCCUGAAGAAAUGAUGUUUUUCAUGACCUUUAGUGGAAAUUGGAGUCUAAUGCUUCAUGCAAAACAUCUUUGUUUUUGCUGAGCUCACUUCCAUUAAACUUCAGUGCGUUGUUCCGUUCACUUUAAAACUUUUUUCUUUUUUUUUAAGCAAUUUUCUCUUUUUUUACUGUCAUUUUUCUUGUGCAAUUUAAAAACAGACUCAUGGAAACACAUCUUACACAUUUAGACUUUAUACUUCAGUAAAUUCUGCAUUUAAAUGAGGCUAAAUAAUGAGUUUUGUCUUCUUCAAAGCAUCAGACCUCAUACAUUUCUGUCAUUUGUGUACAUUUGGAACAGUAAGCGACUGUAUUGUUGAAAUGCAAACAUUGAUUCAGUGAUUUCUGCGGUUAGCAUUGAAGCUAAUGAGGCUGUUUCUCUCAGAACAGAGGAACAAAUGAUGCAUUUACUUUACUUUUCAUGCAUAAAAAGCAGAAUAUAAGAGGCCAGUUUUGUCUCUUUGCAAUUUAAUGUUUCACAUCUUGGAAAUCUGUUAUGAAAACUAAGCCAAAGGUUACAGAAAACACUGCAGUAAAUCUGUGAAAUGAGGUCACAUCCACAUAUUUUUAUCACUAAAUGUGAUGCUGUUGUGUAUUUAAACCCUCAUUGAAACUGGGUUUGUUUAUUUAUUUUCCUGAUGUUAAAUAUUAAAACACAGUUAAAUAAAAUGUUUGAGCUUUUUGUUAAA